AUGUUUUUAUUGUUUCUAUCUACUUGUGAUUCUCAUCAGGUUGCUCAGAAAAAAGGUUUACCCCACGUUUUUUAUUGCCAACUAUGGCGAUGGCCAGAUUUACACACUCAGCACGAGUUACGACCUAUCGCUACUUGUGAAUAUUCUUUCCAAUCAAAACGUGACGAAGUUUGUAUCAAUCCUUAUCACUACCGAAGAAUUGAAAAUCCAGUUCUUCCACCAAUUAUGGUUCCUCGUACAGUUAACAAUGGGACUUCCGGAAUCAAUAAUGACAACACACAUCGUGGUGUGACCGAAUCAUCCGCUGAACGUUAUGGAAGAGGUUCAUCUUUCGGGUCACAUCAUUCUCGAUACUCUAUGCACAAUCAGUAUCAACAAGGACUUCAACAACAACAACAGCAGCAGCAGCAGCAGCAACAACAUCAUCUAAAUGCUUUACAGAGUCAUCAUCCCUCCAAUGCUGGAUUAAAUGACCCUAUAAUGAUGGGAGAUGAUUGUGGCUCAGAACCGAAUAGUUUAGCUGCUCUCCUAGCUCCUCCAUCUAAACAACCUAGGCAACAUCUUGCUACAGAUGCUGUGACAGCUGCUGCUCUAGCCAGAGGUGAUGCACUUGAUGCAUAUGCUGUGGCUAGUCGAGCAAUGGCUGGUUUAGAAAAUGUUGGAAAUGUUCUCGGUGGAACACAUCCACCAUGCGUGAGCCUUCGAGAGGCUGCUGAAAAUAUGACUCUAGGUGGACCUCCUAAUUUAGUUGGAACACCCCCAGCUCCUCCCCACACAGGUUAUCAAUCAUCUCUUAUGAAUGUUGUAUCCAGUCUAAGCGGAGAUGGUCGAGAUUUCGCUCGCAGUUUAGGCAUGGUAAAUCACGUUCACAAUGCUGCAACAAGGUCACUUAGUAUGAGUGAUUAUCCAAUUCCUGGGUCUGUUUGUCAAGAAGAUCGUUCUAACGAUUCUCAAUGUUUAGGCCCAAAUACUGAUAAUUUGAGUUCAAAUUUUAUGGGUCCAUCAUCAUCAGUUUCCUCAUCUACAACACAAAAAGCUCCUAGUAUUGCUGGUGCUGGACCAUCAAUCAACUCUCCUGGUACAUUGUCAUCAGUUGAAGAAAAUUGUAUUAGUGAAGAUGACAAUAUGGAUCUAG